AAAUAUUAAUAUUUGAAACAAAAAAGGAAUAAGACAAAAGCCAAUGGGUUUGGACUGGUCCCAAUCGACAUGUCCAUCACCACCAUUUCCUUCAACUUUCCCUCUCAUUGCUUCUCUUCUUCUUCCUCUUCUGCACUGAGGUCCUUCUCAGCAACCCCACCUCCUCUAUCUUCUCUUUGUUUCUCCUCUCUCUCUAUUUCAUCCGAUAUGGAUAGUACUGCUCCAACUCCUAGUUUGUUUCCAUUGCACCGUUGCAAGACUAUUCAUCUGGUCAGGCAUGCCCAAGGUAUCCACAAUGUGGAAGGAGAUAAGAACUACAAAGCAUACUUGAAUCCCGAUUUUUUCGAUGCACAACUUACUCCACUGGGCUGGCAGCAAGUAGACAAUUUGCGUAAGCAUGUUCAUUCAUCUGGGCUUUACAAGAAGAUUGAUUUAGUCAUUGUUUCUCCUUUGCUAAGGACACUGCAAACAGCUGUUGGAGUGUUUGGAGGUGAGGGCUACACAGAUAGAAUGGAUAUAGUGCCGCUGAUGGCAGCAAAUGCAGGGAAUAGCGAACGUCCUGCAAUUUCUAGUCUUGACGCCCCACCAAUCUUAGCAGUAGAGCCUUGUCGUGAACAUCUGGGAGUUCAUCCUUGUGAUAAGAGGAGAAGCAUCAGUGAAUAUCAGUAUCUAUUUCCAGCAGUUGAUUUUUCACUGAUUGAAAGUGACGAGGAUGUGUUAUGGAACGCCACUGUUAGAGAGACAAAAGAAGAAGUUGCAGCCAGAGGAUUGAAAUUUCUCAACUGGUUGUGGACGAGGCAAGAGAAGGAGAUCGCCAUUGUUACUCACAGCGGCUUUUUGUUUCAUACACUAAAGGUGUGUGGAGAUGAUUGUCAUCCUUUGGUGAAAAAGGAAAUAGGCAAACACUUUGCAAACUGUGAGCUUCGAUCUAUGGUCAUCGUCGAUAAAAGUAUGGCAGGCUCAGACCCCUCAACAACUAAUUAUCCAGGAAAGAUUCCAAGUGGACUUGAUCAUCCCAGUGAUGCUGCAGAUGACAAGAACCUCGAGAAUGGUAGCUCGAAUUCUUGAGUUAAUAAACUCGGAAGAAGAAAGAAGAGAGUUGAAAGUUUAUGACAUUCCCAUCCAAAGAAGAUUUUUGUAUUUAGAUAGCUCUGGAUGCCAUAAAAAACAUAUUUGAAGCAUCAUUGAUCAUCAUCAUCAUCACAAAGGAAGGGAGACAUGUAAUAUUGAGUCUCUUUCUCUAUGAUGGAUUGAGAUAGUAAAAUUAAUUAUACAUAUUUAUACAUAGGUUCAUGUAUAUCUGUGCUUAAAUGGAUGGGAGAUGUAUUUGAAUGACCAUAUCAAUCUUUAUUAAUGACCUAUUGAUUGUUAUGAUAAUGACUUUUGAAUUCUAAUAAUGAUAUUUGCACUAUUAUACACCAAAA